CCACACCUUGUUCCGUUACGAAUCCGCCAACACUUUCACUAGCUAUUAACACUUUCUUAGUGAUCGUCACAGAACAAACACGAUGUCCGUGCAAGCGCAGAUAUUCCUUUUGGGAUGUGUUUUUCUUACCAUUGUAACAACAGUUUUGUCAUUUCCUGCUGAAGCGACCACAAGAGAAUCCAUUUCAGAUGAUACCAUAGAAUCUACCUUAAAUGAUCGUAGAUAUCUUGUAAGACAAUUGAAAUGUGCCCUUGGAGAAGCACCCUGCGAUCCUGUAGGACGUAGACUUAAAAGUUUGGCACCGUUGGUUUUGCGAGGCUCGUGUCCACAAUGCACUCCGCAGGAAACGAAGCAAAUACGAAAAGUUCUCAGUUUUAUUCAAGUGAACUAUCCGAAAGAAUGGAACAAAGUUUUGCAGCAAUAUUCCGGCUAAUUGUUCAAAAAUCCAACUUAUUUAUUUUUAUUUGUAUAUUUAUAAACGAAAUUA